CCACAGAAGAAGGGACCAUAUCGCGUCAAGAACCAAGCCGCUACAAAACAAUACCGGCAAAAUUCAAAGCAAUACGAGAUAAAUCUUGCCGCUAAGGAGAAGCAGAUAGAAGAAGAUUGGAUAAAUCUUCAGGUGUGCGCAACAGCGCUCAAGAACGAGGUGCUUUCACUACGAAGCCAGAUUUUGGAUCACAGCGAAUGCAGGUGUGAAGUGAUCCAACAAUACAUCACCAGGACUGCCACUACCAUC